AUGUGUGCUGAGGCUUCAAAGGAGCUAUCUCUGACAAAAUGUCGAUGACAGAUCUGUUGAAAGCUGAGGAGAUCAAGAAAGCUCUUGAUGCCUUCGCAGCAGAAACAUUCGAUCCUAAAAAGUUCUUUGAAAUGGUGGGGAUGAAGGCCAUGACGGCCGAAAACGUCAAGAAGGUCUUCCAGGUUCUGGAUGUGGACGGUAGCGGAUUCAUAGAGGAGGAAGAGCUCAAGUUUGUACUGAAGGGCUUUUCCAAGGAAGGCAGAGAUCUGACUGACGCCGAGACGAAAGCAUUCCUCCAAGCAGCAGACAAAGAUGGAGACGGCAAGAUCGGCAUUGACGAGUUUGAGGCAAUGGUGCAUGAGUAGGGGAUAGCUGACCACCCCCCUCCCCCUUCUUCUUCCUCCUCCUCCUCUUCGUCCCUGCAUUCAUAUUUUGUAACUGCCACCUUCAAACUCCUCUCACCUCCCUCGGGACCCCAAGCAUGGAGUCAGACCAGGCCUGCUCUCUACAAAACACGACCAGAAAGAGGCCGAUAGGGAGCCGCCACGAGGAGAAACACACAGGCAUAAUAGGCACUAGUUUCAUUUUUAAGUUUUCUUUUUUUAUAUAUAUUUAAUCACUCACGCUGUAUGGGUUUCAGAAUCAUUCUUAAUGAUUUCAUGAGGAUAGUUUGUGGUCUCAAAACAGGUGGUACUAGUGCUGUAGAUGGUGUAGAUGUUAUGAAGACUUAUUAAAUCUUAAUUUCCUUCCUCUGUGUAUUUCAGGUUGUGCAUUUUGUCUGAUUGGUUUUACUUCUAGAUGUUCACAUACCAGUGCACUUUCCUCCCACUCCUCUUCCUCAUCCACCUUCCCUCACCUCACCUCCUCUCCUCUAUCCCCUCCUCCUCCUCCUCCUCACUCCCUGCCUCCAAUCAGAUGAUGUAGUAAAUAAAAUGAUAUGUAAGAAGAGCUGUGAAGACAGAAAAGAUCUGCGUAAGAAAUGAUAAUAAAAAAUGU